GUAAUUGUCCGAUCCAUCCUUGGUUUCCUCGUUUUCAGUACUUCAUAUUGUAUCAUCAACGCAGGAAUCUACUACAAGUAAAGGAUUAAAAUCCAUUAUAUUUUAUAUAACUUUCCAUAAAAUUCCAGGUUUGUGCGACCAAUCCGUCAAGAAGAGCGAGAACUUCUGGAGAGAGAACUAAUCGAGGCAGAUAAGGCCGGAUUUGCGUUCAAAAAGUGAGAUUUGAAGUUUUAAACUAGCCAAAAUUGGAUUUUUCAGAUGAUUCGUCCGUUUUCACGUGCUCUCACUUCACUUUCUUCCAAAUGGGAAGGAUUGUUCUUUGUUGGCUUUACUGCUGGAGCUGGUUUUGAACUUUUCAAGAUUUAUUUCUCUUUUAAUGGUGUAAAUUACUACAGCGUUCUCAAAAAACGGCAAUUACAAAAAGAGCUUGACGCAUUCGAACGGCAACUCAAAGAUCUGGAUACAAUCAUUGCCACCGGACAACCUCAAACAUUUUGAAUGCUGUUUUAGAAUAGUUAAUUGUUAGGUUAUUAAGUAGGUCUCCCCACGUCUCCUGAUCCUGUUAAAACGGCUUUUUCUGUUGUCUCUCAUUUUCUUCAUUCUUAUUUGUUAAUACCAUUUUGAUUAAAAAUCUCUGAAAUGUUUCAUAUUUAAAUAACUCUAUU